CAACUUUGUUCGCUUCAGCAGCACAACACAGACCAACAAACAAAAAUCCUUAAACAUGUUCAAAUUGGUGGUGUUGUCUGCUCUCCUCGCCGUAGCUGUCGCUCGUCCCGGUCAUCUUUAUGAGUCUCCUUUGGUGUAUGCCGCUCCAGCUGCCACAACCAUUGUCCAGGAGCCAGUCCUGGCCAAAGUGGGUGCCGUGGUGAACAGUGUUCCCACUUCGGUGUCCCACCAAAGCCAGUCAGUGGUCCAUAGCUCAGCCCAUGUUGUCGAGGACAUCGUUGCCCCUGUGGUGAAGUCCACUCCAGUGGUCAGCUAUGCUGCUGCUGCUCCAGUGGUCCACACCAGCUAUGCCGCUGCUGCUCCUGUUGUCCAAACCUAUGCCGCUGCUGCCCCUGUGGUGCACACCUCCUACGCUGCAGCAUCUCCUAUUGUCUACAAUUCCAGCUGGUAAUCAGGAGUUCUGGACUUUUGGGGGCUCAUGCGAGCGAUCUGGAUGGUUAGAAAAUAGCGAUUCUUUUUGUAUAUAAACGAGUUUAAUUGCGAGUAAAAUGUGAUUGUUAAAGAAAA